AUGAAAAUACUAGAACAAGAAAUUAAUGUAGAGUUUGUAAAAAAUGUUUUAACCAAAGUGGACUAUGACGUUUUGUGUCAAACGGCCAAACAGCUAGGGAUAAAUUUGCUAGCUAGCUACACUAGCCAGCACCUUGAGGAUGAAGAAUUCCUGAACUCAGUUCACCACGCCCUUUUUAAGGUGCACAUAAUGGAAGCCACGUUAAUAUGCCCCAAAUGCAAUACCGCCUUUCCGAUAAAAGAUGGCAUUCCAAACAUGCUAUCGGGAAGCGAAAACCAAACGACGUGACCCCAUUUUUUUGUUUCCCCUUUAAGAGCAUUUGACCAAAUAUUUGACGUUGGGAUACUCCACAAUUAUACAGGACUCAUCAUUUUUGAGGAAAAAUAUUUUUGGCUCAGGAUAACUCGAUUGGCUACUUGCACACAACACAUUCUUAACAUCUUGGCUUUUUUUUUUCUUUUCCUGUGCGUUUGUAUGCACAUGUAAAUCUUCAUUUGUACGCUGUCUUCCCAGGGUGGUGUACGCACCGCCUGUCUUUUUUAAGCUUAUCGUUUGCGCCUUUACUCUUUCCCCAUUUAGCUCAAAAUGGCUAUUUUUUUUUUUUUUUUUUUUGCAAGUGUGUGAGUCAGGCAGGUCGCCCUGCUUGAAGCAGCCGCUGCCAGCUUCUCCACUUCGUUUGCCGUCGUGGUAGUUGCUUCCACUGUCGCUGUCCCCUCCGCUGUCACUGUCACCACCGUUGUCACUAUCGCUACCAUUGACGCUGUCACCGCCAUUGUCACCAUCACUGCCAUCGUCGCCGCCGCCGCUGGCCCCCCCCAGAUUC